CAACUCAACUCAACUCCCUCAAAACCACAUUCAAAUUCUCAAACAACCUCAAACUCAAAAAAACACAAUCUUUCUCUCUCCUUUCUCUGUCUUCUGCAAAACCACAUUCACACUCUCAAGUAAAGUUCUCUACUUUUUUCAUACACUCACCGACCCAUUUGCUUCAUUCACCAUUUCAUGCAAAGAUUUCAUCUGGGUUUCUCUCAAAAUCCAAACUUGAUGAUGGAUUCUUCUUCAUUAUCUCCUUUGUCUCUUCAAACCCAAAAAUCACCUUUUCAAAACUUACCUGAAGAAUCCUCACCAAAACAAACCAAAAGAAGCUUACUUUCAUCUCUAAUGGGUACUAACAACAUCACUUCUUCAAACCUUAGAACCCCUUCUUUUGAAGAAGAUAACUACUUUGUCACCCUUCUCAAAUCGUCAGAGAAAAAAGCACUUCAAGACCUCAAAAAAACCCUCCUUGAUGUCACAAAUGAAAAGAACUCUCCCAAUGGUGAAGUUUCCAUGUGGGGUAUUCCUCUUCUUGGUGGAGAUGACAGAGCUGAUGUAAUACUCUUGAAGUUUCUAAGAGCAAGAGAUUUCAGAGUUAAUGAAGCAUUAAACAUGAUUACAAAGUGUUUAGCUUGGAGAAAAGAGUUUAAUGCUGACACAAUAGUUGAAGAAGAUUUGAGUCAGUUCAAGGAGCUUGAAGGUGUUAUAGCUUAUAUGCAAGGCUAUGACAAAGAGGGUCAUCCUGUUUGUUACAAUGCUUAUGGUUUGUUUAGAGAUAAAGAUAUGUAUGAGAGGAUUUUUGGUGAUGAAGAGAAGCUUAAGAAGUUUCUUAGGUGGAGGGUUCAAGUUCUUGAAAGAGGUAUUAGGCUUCUUCAUUUUAAGCCUGGUGGUGUUAAUUCUCUUAUUCAAGUUACCGAUCUUAAAGAUAUGCCUAAAAGAGAGUUAAGAGUUGCUUCUAACCAUAUUCUCUCACUCUUUCAAGAUAACUACCCAGAAAUGGUUGCUAGAAAGAUUUUCAUCAAUGUGCCAUGGUACUUCAGCAUGUUGUAUUCAAUGUUUAGUCCAUUUUUGACACAAAGGACUAAGAGCAAGUUUGUGAUCUCAAAAGAAGGAAAUGCUGCUGAGACACUCUACAAAUUCAUUAGACCUGAGGAUAUUCCUGUUCAGUAUGGAGGGUUAAGUUUGCCCAGUGAUUUGCAAAAUGGUCCCCCAAAACCAGCUUCUGAAUUCACUGUCAAAGGAGGGGAGAAAGUGAAUAUACAAAUAGAAGGAAUUGAGGGAGGUGCAACUAUCACUUGGGAUAUUGUUGUUGGAGGCUGGGACUUAGAAUACAGUGCUGAGUUUGUACCAAAUGCUGAAGGUAGCUACACUAUAGCAGUUGAGAAACCAAGGAAGAUUGGAGCCUCAGAAGAAGCAAUGCACAACUCAUUCACAUCGAAAGAAUCCGGCAAAAUGAUACUCUCGGUGGACAACACUGCCUCAAGGAAGAAAAAAGUUGCUGCUUAUCGUUAUGUUGUCCGAAAAUGCGCCACCACUUGAGUGAUCACCAUUAGCGUUGUGUUUGGAAACCCUAAUUUCUGCAUAGAGAACUUGCAGUGACCUUGAAGCUGCGCCUACGAGAGUUUGGCUAUCAUGGUGUCCGGAUUUUUAACUUGUUUUCAAACACACGCGGAGGCUCUAAUAGCUUUUAAUUUUAAUUUUUGCUAAUGAUGUUUUUCUUUUACCCUUUCUCUGAAGGGUCUCAUUUAUGUUUCUGAACUUGUCAUGGCAUGUUUAACCUUAGAGGUAUUAAUAUUAAUUAACUAGUAGUUUUGUAGUGUAAUGUAAAAAUGAGAACAAUGUUGGCACUUGGCAGUAGUACUAGUAUAUUGCUUGGAAUAGAAGAAAAGCAAUUAAGUUUGCUUAUUUAACAUACCA